AUGACGACCAAUGUCCAGGGUGCACCCUUUCCCAGAUCGCCUUACUUCAAGGUGGCCGCUGUGUACGGCGCCACGGCAGUCAUGCUGGGCGCGUUUGGCGCGCAUGGCCUGAAGAAGCGCAUUGCUGACCCGGCGAGACUGGCGAAUUGGGGCACGGCGGCGCAAUAUCAGCUAGCACACGCCAUCACGCUCCUCGUAACAUCGUCCAUCGCCGCACCCGCAACCGAUUCAUCCAAGUACAACCUAUCGAACUCGCUGUUCACGGCCGGUGCGGCGUAUACGACGACUCUCCACUCACUCAAGCAGAAUCACCUUAAACGUGUCUCUGUCACAGCUCAGUGGAGUUGCACUUUUGCAUCCGACGACAGAACCUAUGUCCGCUGUGCUGUGCAGAUUGACCAGCAGCUCAUUGACCUUGAUGUCGCACUAGAAGGAGAUCUCUGUGCUGUGGAUCGUAACCUGCGUGACCGUUGGAUCGCGCUGGUCCACCUGGUUGGACAGAAGAUGACGCAGCGAAUGGCUGACCAGUACCCAUCCUUCUUCAUGCCUUUCGCAGUCAAUAAGGACAGACAUACAGCUGAUUCCCAUGUACAGGUUCUCGACCUGAACAUCCAGUGCAAGGUUUUCAUGCUGGUCUCUUUGUAUGAAAGGCCAUCAACUUCUGAUAUUAAAGUUAUGGUCCACGAUCUUGAACUCGAGCUUGUCGGGCAUGUUCCACGGCUCCGACCAGACGCAAAGGACCGCUGGCUCUUUUCAGCGCCAUGGCAAUACCAGUACUUACCAGGCGAGCCACUCUUUCGGCCAGAUGGACUCAUUAAUGACACAAUCAUUCAGAAAAUACUCACCCCUUUGAUCAAACCCCAGAUCGCUCUCCGGGGUGCAGUGGAUGAGUAUCCGUCUCUACAGCCUUUCAGUGAGAAGGAUGACGUGCGCAUUGAAGGACUUCCGAGGAUCGUGGGAGGUCGGGCCUUUGUCAUCUGGAUUCGAAGAUCUUCGUCACAGACCGCGGGUGUGGCAAGUAUUGAACGUCAACUCUGGACUACACUGAGGAACUUUCCUCGCGAGCUGCUGCCUCUCAGAGACUCCAACACCAUCACCGUCGUCAUCGAGAAAUUCUCAUCGAUCAAACACCUGUGGAAUGACCAUCAGAUGCACAUAAAAGUUGCUCACGAGCUCGAACACUCAGCACGCACCUCUGUAAUUUCUCCGCCUCGGCGGAUCGAAUCGCACGCCGACCAGCUGGCUAUGACGAUCUGA